AAUACAGAACAGGACAAAAUCUGUUGACAGCGGGCAUUUGGGCGGCCAGGAUUUUCUCCUGCUCCGCCUCAUCCUGAAUUGCCAGAAUCUUCUCUUUCUUUGGUGCGUCUGUCGCUGGUCCUCCAUAAUUUACAACUCAUCGCCUCCUGUCUCAGACCUCAUAGCACGUACCACUUGUCGUCUCUCUCGAUUCCAGGGUUCAGGUAUUGUUGUUGUGACUUUUGGAACGUAGAUGGUCAUGGAUCGAUCUUUGAGUCGAUUAUACGGGUCGAUCAAUGGAAUCAAGUUCAGUGAAGACUCUGUUUCAAUUUUAUCUGAUCAGAAUCUUAGUAAUGGACCGGGAUCGGAGGUGCCGAUUGGUUGUGUAGAUAUUCCACCAUUCCCACCUGAUCCAGGCUCUAGCAAUAAAGCCAUGUGGUCGAGUGUGCGCAGGGAGGAAGAUCCUCAUGAGGACUGUGAUUUUAGUGAUGUAGUUCUUAAGUACAUAAACGAGAUGCUUAUGGAGGAAAAAAUAGAAGAAAAAACUUGCAUGUUUCAGGAGUCUUCAGCACUUCAAACCACUGAGAAAUCAUUCUAUGAUGUUAUUGGGGAGAAGUAUCCUCCUCCAAUUGAUCACCGUUUGAUGAAAUCCUCACCUUAUGUGGAGGAAAAUCAAGAAAACUCAUCUGAAAAUAGUAGUGGGAAAUGCAGUAGUUAUAGUAGUAUCACUAGUUCUACUAGUGAUGGUAACUUGGUGGAACAUGUGUGGAAUGGUGAUCUUGGAGAGUGUAAGUCAGCUCAUAGUGCUUCCCAGUCCACUUCUCAGUCUUCUUUCAAUUCUUCAAAUGGUGCCAGUAAUAUUGCAAAUGGUUAUGUGGAUUCUCCGAUGAGUACCCUGAGGAUUCCGGACAUAUUUAGUGACAAUGAAGCUGCUUCACUGUUCAGGAAGGGGGUUGAGGAAGCUAGUAAAUUCCUUCCAAAUAGUACUGGCUUGUUUGUUGAUUUGGUGACAGAGAAUAGUAGGGGGUUAGUGAAGCAAGAUCCUAAGGAUGUGGUUGUUAAGAUGGAGAAGAAACACGGAAAUGAGUACUUUACAGGUGUGUCGAGGGGAAAGAAGAAUCCUUAUCCAGAGGAUUUGGAUUCAGAGGAAGAGAGGAAUAGCAAGCAGUCAGCGGUUUAUAAUGAAAUGACUGUGACAUCAGAAAUGUUUGAUCUGGUCUUGCUAUGUAAUGAAGGGAAAGGUGAAGCUGCUCUUCGUGAGUCUUUUCAAAAUGAAGCAAACAAAACUGUGCAGCAGGAUGGUCAAUCAAAAGGAUCCAAUACUGGAAAAUCCCGUGGUAGGAAGAAAGGUGGCAGCAAGGACUUGGUGGACUUGACAACUCUACUGACUCUUUGCGCUCAAGCAGUUGCUGCUGAUGAUUGGAGGACAGCAAACGAGCAACUAAAGCAGAUCAGACAGCAUGCUUCUCCUACGGGUGAUGGAAGGCAAAGAAUGGCUCACUAUUUUGCCAAUGGUCUUGAGGCACGCAUGGCUGGCUCUGGAACUCGGAUUUAUAAAGCAGUCAUUACUAAGCCAACAUCAGCUGCUAUUGUCUUGAAAGCUUACCAUCUACUUCUUGCUGUGUGCCCGUUUAAGAAGCUUCCUAAUUUCUUCUCAAAUAAGACAAUUACAAAAGUGGCAGAGAGAGCAGCAAGGCUCCACAUUGUUGAUUUUGGUAUUCUCUAUGGUUUCCAAUGGCCUUCUCUCAUACAACGUCUCGCUUCUAGGCCUGGUGGACCUCCCAAGCUUCGGAUUACUGGAAUUGAUUUUCCACAACCAGGCUUCCGACCGGCAGAAAGGGUUGAGGAGACAGGACAUCGGUUAGCAAAUUAUGCAAGGAGUUUCAAUGUUCCAUUUGAGUUCAAUGCCAUAGCGCAGAAGUGGGAAACAAUUCAAGUUGAGGAUCUUAAAAUUGACAGUGAUGAGCUGCUUGUUGUAAACUGUAAUUGUAGAUUUAGAAACCUACUUGAUGAAACUGUAGUUGUGGAGAGUCCUAGGAAUAUUGUUCUGAAUCUGAUCAGGAAGAUGAAUCCUGAUAUUUUCAUACAGGGAAUUGUGAAUGGGGGCUAUGGUGCUCCCUUCUUUCUGUCACGAUUCCGAGAGGCUCUCUUUCACUUUUCUGCCUUGUUUGAUAUACUUGAGGCUACUGUGCCUCGUCAGACUUUGGAGAGGACGCUGAUUGAGAAAGAGAUAUUUGGUUGGGAUGCAAUGAACGUCAUCGCAUGUGAGGGCUCAGAAAGGAUUGAGAGGCCAGAGACAUACAGGCAGUGGCAAAUUCGUAACCUGAGGGCUGGGUUUAGGCAGCUCCCUUUGGACCAGGAGAUUUUUAAUAUUGCAAAAGAGAAGGUCAAAUUAUGGUAUCACAAAGACUUUGCGGUUGACCAAGAUGGCCAGUGGUUGCUACAAGGAUGGAAGGGGCGCAUUAUUUUUGCAAUCUCUUCUUGGAAGGCUGUUCAGUAAAUGCAUGUUCUUUAUCGCUUAUGAAUGGUCAAGAUCAUGGAAUUCCCAUCACAGACAAAUUCCAGCCUUUGGUUCUGCUUAUUUCACAGAUUAAACGGGAGCUGAAUUUAGUUGAUACCUUCUUGUAAUUAUGCUAUGAAAUGUGGUUUCAAAUGGAGUCAGCAAUGACAACAAUUAGUUUUUCGAAGAAAGAGAUGACAGAUUGCAAAAUAUAAUGUAGGAGAAGAUAUUUCAUGUAUCUCAAGACAACGGUCUCUACUUUGUGAAUCACUGAACGAAUAACUCAUGACAUUCUAGGGUAUGGUAAGCUUUGACAUACACAUGUUUAUAACAAGUGAUUUAAUUCUGUCGUACAGUUUGUAUACAUGUAAGUGAUACUUCAAGGAUUAUUUAGAAAAGCUGAUUCUUUUUUGGUUAUGGCUUUA